AUGGACGAAUUUAUAUCUUUUCGUCUGUGUCGGGGAAAACCCAUUUGCCUCGUAUGUAAUGAAUCAGUUUCUGUGGUGAAAGAAUACAGUAUCAAGCGUCAUUAUGAGUCAAAACAUUCUAGUAAGUUUGCACAUCUUCAAGGACAAUUACAAAUUGAUAACGUGGAGACUCUGAAGAAACAACUUAAAAAACAACAGAAUUCUUUUCACAAACAAAAUGAAGAUAGUGAAGCAAGUGUAAGAGUUAGCUACAUAAUUUCGGAGAAAAUUGCUAAGAAGUCAAAACCAUUUACCUACGGUGAAUUCAUAAAAGAAUGUAUGGAGGCUGCAGCAGAAGUUUCAUGUCCCUCGCAAAAGCAACUUUUUUCCAAAAUAAGUCUCUCCGGCGUUACAGUCGCAUGGAGGGUAGAAGAAUUGGCUAAUGAUAUCGAACGAUCAUUAAAGGAACGCGUGUCGCAAUUUGUUUACUACUCCAUUGCACUCGACGAAAGUACCGACAUAAUUGACACCGCUCAACUGGCAGUGUUCAUUCGCGGCAUUGACGUUAAUUUUGUCGUUACCGAAGAAAUGGCUGCUCUUUUUCCUAUGAAAGGCAGUACAAGCGGAUGUGAUGUGUUGGAAUCGUUCAAUUCCGUCAUAGAUAGAUAUGGACUCAAAUUAUCAAAUUUGGCUGGAAUUUGCACAAACGGCGCACCAUCUAUGGUUGGAAAAAACGAAGGACUUGUUGCUUUAAUAAAGAAAAAUAAUCCCGAUGUCUCUUUAAUACAGUGCCACUGUAUCAUACAUCAAAAGAAUUUAAGUGCUAAGUCAGUUAAUAUUCAAGACGUUAUGAGUGUUGUGGUAAAAACCGUUAACUUCAUCAAAUCUCGAGUUCUUAACCACAGGCAAUUUCAGGAGUUUUUAAAAGAACAAGACGCCGAAUAUGGUGACAUUACCUAUUUCUGUGAUGUUCGUUGGCUUAGCAGAGGAAAAAUGUUAAAAAGGGUGUUCGAUUUGCGAAAAGAAAUUGCAGCAUUUAUGCUUAAUAAGGAUAAAGCUAUUCCACAGUUUGGUGAUGAAGCAUGGCUAAGUGAUUUUGGAUUUCUUGUUGAUAUAACAGCACAUCUCAAUGAUUUAAAUAAGAAAUUGCAAGGAAAAGAUAAUAUGGUUCAUGAACUAUUUGACGCUUUAAAAGCGUUGGAAGUGAAGUUGGAAUUGUGGAUCAUCAGUUAA